UUGUGCAAAUAAUGCUAACUGAAGUUUAUGCUGCAAAUAACUCACAAAGGAAGAAAGUGGUGUGGAAGUUUCCAACAUAAAAAAAACUCUUCAUGUGGGACACGUAGAACAAAAUAAAAUGCCAACGUAACCACAUACAUCGCAGCUGUCACUUAAUAUUUAAUUUAAAAGCUGCAAAUCAUCUGUUUCAUUAUAAGAUGAUUUUCUAGCAGCUGUCAGUCGCACUAAAAUUUUGGGAUUAUUGUAAAGUGUUUAGUUUAACGGAGAUUUGUGUUUUUGGGUGCAGUUAUCCGAAAUGCAGUUAAGAUACCAGUGUUCUAUAACAAAAUGCAAUUGUGCAAUUUAGUGCGGAUAUUUGUGAAAUGUUUAGCACUAUUGCAGUGUUGGAUUUCAUUGGCUAGCGGAGGGUGGGACUUGUGUAGACUCAGUCUGCAUGAACACAAAGUCCUGCUGCUGCUGGGUGAACUUCAGGCGCUCCUUUAUCAGUUCUUGCACUCACCUCCUCUGACGGGCUUUUAACAUCUGACAAUUUUGAUAAAUAGUUCCUCCUCGACAUGGCUCUCCUUCAGAUUCUUGCUGUGCUCUUCCUGCCGGGAGCUUGGGGACAGAGCAGCAGCAGCAGGCUUGGUGUAGUGGUGGAGGCGAAGAACAUCACUCUUCCCGCGGGAUCUAAGGCCAUCCUGCCCUGUCACAGCCCCCGCAUGGUGUGGAUCCGGGACAGACUGAAGGACCGUCAGAGGGUGGUGCACUGGGACUUGGUCCGCAGCAGCCCGGAAAAUUCUGUGGAACGAGUCUUGGACAUGUCACCUGGGGCCAACCAGAGGGUCUACAACGCCUUCAACAAGGGCCGCGUUUUCAUCCCAGACUCUGCUUUCAGUGAUGGCAACUUCUCCCUUACUAUCAACAAUGUGGCAGCAACCGACAAAGGAGUCUAUACUUGUAAUUUACACCAUCACUACUGUCAGAUUCACCAGUCUAUUCAAAUCCAGGUUGACGUCACUAAGUCAGCCCGUAAAGAGAAGCGGUACUGGGAUGGAGAGAAGACUGCGUUUGUGGUCCUGUUGGGCAGCUCAGUGGUAUUGCCUUGUGUGAACCGGCGCCCCCUGUGGCGAGAGGGUCUUCAGGAGGACCAGCAGCAGGUGGCCCACUGGGACUUCCAGCCUCCUGGAGUGCGUCCUGAUAAGGCCGACCGACUGGUGGACCUGUACGCCUCCGGAGAGCGUAGGGAUUACGGACCUCUCUUUGCCCAGAGCAAGAUGAGCGUGGCAGAGGAUGCUUUUACACUAGGAGACUUCUCACUGUUCAUCUCCGACCUGAGGCCCGCUGAUAAAGGCCUUUACUCCUGCCACCUGCACCAUCACUACUGUGGUCUCCAUGAGAGGCGCAUCUUCAGACUAACUGUGGGACCUCCACUCAUGCCUGAUUCCACUCCAGCACCCAGAAUUUUCCAGAAUGAUGAACCAGAUCCAAGCGAAGGGGUCGAGCCUACACGUGUGGUUAAUGUCUUUAUCCCCGAGCAUCGAAGUUAUUUCAUGCAACAUUUGGGCUACUUCCUGGCGACAUUCUUACUGCUGGGGUUUAUCGUCAUUGCUCUUAUUAUGCUGACUCGACGGCGCAAAAAGAGAGGGCUGGAGUAUGAGCUGGGUCGAUCCCAACGGGGAACCGCAAUCGCUGGAGGUGAAGUAGCUUUAGACUGCACAGAGCUGAAUUGCUGUAACCAAGAGCCUUUGAAUUCAGAGUACAAAAACAACAUAAUGAAAGAGCGCGAUAUGGCUAAAGACUGCAACAAGGAAUUUGAUGGGAAGAUGUGGAAGUGAAUGUGAUAUUUCUGAGACGCUGCUGGCAGGUCCAGGGCAAACACGGGAA